CUUGCCUCUCUUUCUAUAUCACCUUCACAUCUUUGUCUCUUUCCCUCUCUCUCUCUCUCUCUCUCUCUGAUCUCUCUCUCUUCGAUUUUAUCUUUUGUUAGUUCUGAAAUUGUAACUAGAUUUAGUUUUUGUUAGGUCACUGUAUAGAGAGAGAGAGAGAGAUCAGUAAAAGGAGGAGGAUGAGCUGGUGUGAUGGUUCAGAUGAUAACUACGACCUAAAUAUUGAAAGAGUAUCGAACAUUGAUCAUCCAUCGAUUCAACUCAAAGACCAAUCUCAAUCGUGUGUCACGAGCGGUCCAGAUUCCAAGAUUAUCGUUGAAUCCCCUAUUAUGAUCACUUGUCCUUCUUGUGGACACAAGAUCCAUCACCAAGACGACCAGGUUGGUAGCAUCAAAGAUUUACCAAGCUUACCGGCAGGAGUCAAAUUUGACCCGUCGGAUAAAGAGAUCCUUAUGCAUUUGGAGGCGAAGGUCUCAUCCGACAAGCGAAAACUUCAUCCCUUGAUCGAUGAAUUUAUACCUACGCUCGAAGGAGAGAAUGGAAUUUGUUAUACGCAUCCUGAGAAACUUCCUGGAGUAAGCAAAGACGGGCAAGUACGGCACUUCUUCCAUCGGCCAUCAAAGGCUUAUACGACCGGAACACGAAAACGAAGAAAAGUGAGCACAGAUGAGGAAGGACACGAGACAAGGUGGCACAAAACGGGCAAGACCCGACCCGUUAUGUCGCAAUCAGGAGAAGCCGGUUUCAAGAAGAUCCUAGUGCUCUACACCAACUAUGGUCGCCAGAAGAAGCCCGAGAAGACGAAUUGGGUGAUGCAUCAGUAUCAUCUAGGCAACAGUGAGGACGAAAAAGACGGUGAACCAGUCCUAUCUAAAGUCUUCUACCAAACACAGCCUAGGCAAUGCGGCAAUUCAACGGAACCUAAACCGAAGAAUCUUGUAAACCUAAACCGGUUUAGUUAUGAAAAUACUCAGACCGGUUUUGGGUAUGAGCAUGGAGGGAAAAGUGAAGAGGCGUCGCAGGUGAUUCGAGAGUUGGUGGUUCAUGAAGGCGAUGGGUCAUGUUCGUUUCUUAGGUUUACUUGUGAUGCAAGUAAGGGUAAAGAAAGCUUCAUGAAGAAUCAAUAGAACCUAAUAUAUAUAAAUGGAGAUGGAGUAAAGAUGAGGGAAAGAAUGAGAGGGCACAGAUUCUUUGUGUAGGUGUUGGGUAACUAUCAUAGUAAACUAUCUCAAAAGCUUUUGGGAGAUUUAGGUUUUAACCUUUUUUUGGGGAUUUUUACUUGGGGGAGUAACUUUAACCUCGCCAGACAUUACUGAUCUUUGUUUUUUUUUUUGUUUUUUUCUAUUUCUGAAUAAAAUAUGUCAAAACAAUACUGUAAUAGCUCUUCUUUUUCAAUUGUUCUAAUAAUUUAAGCUAAUAAAUAAAGGAUAUUAUAUGGAACUGGGAA